AGAGCGAUCCUAAUUUUCAAUACAUUACUUGUUGCAUCUCAUAUUUUACAUGUCUUUUAGGAAAAUGUCGUAAUAGUCGACAGUCCAGGAAUUGGCGAAUCUCGUAUAAUGGACGACAUAGUAAAGAAGUACCUCCCAGAGGCUUUGCAUUUAUUUACGUCAUCAACAGUGAAAACGCCGGUGGAAUACAGCGAGACAGGGUAGAAAAACUUAUCGAACACGCCAGACAGGUAUCCCUUGACAAACAAAGAGAAUCUUCCUCAAACUGUGCUCUGUUUGUUUGCAACAAGUGGGAUCAGGUGCCGUCAGAAGAAACUAAUGAAGUGAAGAACUUCAUCGUCAGUAAACUCAAAAAGUGCUGGCCUAGUUUAAAUCCAGAAUCUCAGAUAAUUUAUAUGUCAGCAAAAGUUGCAAGUGAAGCCCAGAAGCUUGGAGUGGUCACGGAAGAGUUUGGUGAAUUAAUGAACGGUAUCAAGUCCGGGUGUUAAAAAGUAUUGAGGCAAGACUACAGAUUCAGUGGAGGUGGCUCGACUAUCUUCUCACACGUAUGGCCGUCCACACGAAAGCGUUCGUUCGUAAUUCGUCCAAAGAUCGUAAAGAUGUGAUCAGUAGGAUGAUGUUCAUCACUGCCCGUCUUGAAAGUAUUGGGAGGCAGCAAGGCACAUUAAGCAAAGAGCUGCAGACGUUCCUCGAAAACAAGACAGACAAAGCUGUGAGUACAUUGUCCAAAUAUCUCAAGUCUGCUGACGUUAUAGAGAAGUUUACUUCCUGGACGUCGAACGAUGUUCCAAACACUGAAGCAAGUUAGGAGGUGACCAAGAACUACAUCCAAAAGGCGCUGAAUAAGCGACUUCAUGAGACGAUUGAGGAAUGGGAAGAAAAGAACCAAGUCUUUUCCAAGGCUCGUUCCUCUUUGAUUGAAUACUUUCAGCAGAGGUUCAACUACGUCGAGGGUCAACUUCGAACGCUGGAGGGCUUCGUCUUAGCAGGAGGUGGUACCAACUCAGCAAGUGGUCCCCUAGCAUCAGACGAUUUUAGCGUCGCCGAAAAAGUCGUCAUUGGGGUCACAAGUCCAAUCUGGGUUCCAGUCGGUCUGGUUGUCCUAGUGGUCAGUGUCCCAUUCGUUGGCGCCAUAGCUGUUAAAGAGAAGUUGGAAGACUGGAGUAAAACAAGGAACUACGACAAAGACAAGCGCGCCUUCAUGGCGAAACCUUCUGAAGAAUAUCUAAGGGGAGCAGCGGAAGAACAGCAGCUACAGUCGUUCGUGAAGGAACAGCUUAAGGAAGCCCAGGGUUUUCUGAAACAGGUCUUAGAUCGGAUCCCUCAGCUCAUAGAGGAGGACAAAAUGUUGUGUCAACAAUUGAGAGAUGAGAGUCGUUGUAAGAAAGAUAUAGAAAUUUUCUACAAGCCGUUACACGAGGAAAGUGUGAAAUUAAGAAAGGAGAUGGCCCUAUUUGGCAUCAAAGAGGUCCGCACCAUGGACAUCAGUUGCGACGAUUUGGAGUGGCAAGAUGAUGCACCUCUCGGAAGAGGAGCGUUUGCUGCUGUUUAUCGGGGAAUAUUAGAGAUUCAAGGAGAAGCGCAACCCGUAAGUGUGGCUGUGAAAGUGUGGAACGAAGAGCUUAACGGCGCUACAGCUAUUGGCUUCCAUUCUGAAGCAGAGACGCUAAGGAAACUCAAUUACCCCUCCAUUGUAAAGUUCUAUGGAGCAGCACUGCGCAAGGAAGGAAAUCAGCUGAGAGCAAUUCUUGUUAUGGAGCUCUGCAAGGGAAACCUGUUGAAACACAUAUUUCAGGAUAGAAGCAAUGUACCUGGUCUGUCAACAACAGCAACUACUGCUGCGAAGAAUGUGAUCGGAUGGGCAAAAGACAUUGCCGAUGCUCUGGAUUACAUUCACCAACAAGGUAUUGUUCACAGAGAUCUCAAGCUGGAAAACGCAUUGCUGUCGCAAGGAAAUUUAGCCAAAGUCGCCGAUGUCGGAGUUUCCAAAGAAGCAAAAGCGAUCACGAGUACCAUGACGGGAACUCGCAUGUAUCUCGCUCCAGAAGUAAUCAUGUCCAAAAUGUACGAUUACAAGGCGGACGUGUACAGCUUUGGUAUAAUGCUCUGGGAGAUGUGGUAUGGUAGGAGAGCCCUUUCUGAUGUGGGAGGAGAUAUAGAUGAGUUUUUUGAAAAAGUGGCUGAGGGUGCAAGACCUUUUCACGUUAAAGGCUUUAACAAGCCUCCAGCUAGCUUGCAUGAUCAGAUGCAGCGUUGCUGGCAAGAAAAACUUGAUAGUCGACCAGAUGCAGCAAAGUGUCACAAGGAGUUGAGUGAGCUCCAUAAGAAGGUUACUGUUCCAUCUUUGUAAACUCUGUUUAUCAACCAACCACCUCAACUGUAGUUGCCUCUUAAAUGGAGACUGUUGUGGAGGAAAAGCGAUUGACAGUGCUUUGAGGUAACUCUCAUGAUUGUUAUAAAGGAUGGAACAGCCUCACCUGCGCCAGUUUUCCCGUCUCAAACUUGAUUCAUAGAUCAUAGAGACUUAUCUUGCUCUUAAUCAGUGCUGAUGUUAAGGGCUUCGAUCUUCGUGCUAGUGGUUUCCUUGCGGUUUCGCCCACUGCCAUUCAUCACGAUCAGUGUCAUUUGAGAUGACUCACAAAAGCCUUUUUAAAAAGCAUGGUCCAGUCAUUGACUCGUAAUAUGGUAAUUAAAGUAAACAUCAUUACAAUAGCUUCAAUGAUCGAGCAGAUUUCGUUUACUUAGAGCUGGUUAACAUGUGCAUUAGUAUCUUUAGAGUUUAUUCUUUUGGCUUUUGACAAGCAGUUAGUGUGUUUCAAAUUUGAACGAAGAGCAACAAGAAUACUCUGUUGUUCUGUCAGCUGGUAUGAAACCUUUAGCCGGUCGAAGAAUUCAGAGUUAGUUUUACCAUUUGGUGUAAGACGCUUGUAGUCGUUUAUUCCUAGCAGAUUUCGUAUAGGGUAUUCUGUGAUCUAAGUAUAUGCAUGAAAUAAAAUACUUUAAGGUCAAAAUUUAUCUACGUUCUCCAUACACAAUCGCAGAAAUAAUAGAGUUCAAGUAUCACAAGUAAUGCAACGAUCCUCGUCGAUGAGCUGCAAUUUAAGUGAUUGCAGAAAAGAAACUUGAAAAAUUUUCAAACCUCAACGGAUUUUGAACCCUUGCCACCCAGACACUAGUUGGGCGCCACUACCAACUGUGCUACGAAGCCACUCGUUAGUAACGGGAAGACUGUCUGCAAUUUCUUAAAUUGCAGUUCACUGCGAGGAUCGUGUUUUUCCUAAUUUUCAUUUGCAUUUCAAUUCAGUUCCCAGAUAGAUAGAGCUUUUUUAUA